UGUACUUACUUCAUGAAUAUCUAGCAGAUUGUAACGAGUAAUGUGAUCUAUUAGUCAUUGCAGGAUAGCUACGGUUUGGCGUAUCACAGAGAAUUUUCGAUCAACUUUAACUUGGCGACACUAUCUUCGUCCUCGAUUCGGUCAAACAUAUCUUCUAAUAGGUCUGUGUUCAGUUGCAGGUGGUUCGUUCGAAUUUAGAAAAUGCUAGUAAGAAUAGGCCCUUUUCUUUCAGGUACAGUAGCAAAAUGGAUAAUUGUUAAUACAUUUUUCCAUUAAAUACCUUUUCCAAACAACCUUUGUUGUAGGUUAAGUAUUCACAUAGGUUAAGCAUUCACAGUCCCAUUGGCAGAGCGGUCAGUGACUGAUGUAAAUUGCGUCAUAGGCAGUUAUAGCCCAAUGGCAAAACCAGGAAGUCGUAGUAGAUUUAUUUUAACGCCAGAAGAUGUACAUCUAUGAAACGUUCCAUUCAGAGCUGAACUAGUGUCUCCCAUUCCUGCUGCGGAGUAGACCUGGUGGGCUGCCAAUACAUUCCGCCAGUCUGUUUCUGUAGCCUACCCACAUUUUGCUUAUCCUGUAAUUUCCUUUCAAUAGGAGUUACUGAAGGAAGUGUCUCUUUUUCCUUCUGCUUUUUAAAUUUCUUAAACGGAAUCAACGGAGGAGGCUUUGACUACUGGUCUCACAAAGUUUUCAGAAUUGCUUGUCUACUUUGAGACAUUUGAUCUUAUGUUAUUUGGGAAUUUGACUUAUUGCCUAUUUUAGAAUGCAGGAAGCUGGAGAGUACACUAUGAAAAUGCAUCCGAUGUGGCAGGGACCACUUGUUGCUCCUGGGGGCAACAGACAAUCUCCGAUCGAUAUUCGGGUGCGCAAGAGUGUGUUUGAUCCGCAUCUCAAGCCGCUGACCCCGGAUUACGACCCCAGGACAUGUUCACAGAUAUGGAACAACGGGUACUCAUUCCUGGUUGAGUACGAUGACACCACCGACAAAUCCACACUUAAAGGGGGUCCUCUGGAGGACAACUUCCGGCUGUGUCAGUUCCACUUCCAUUGGGGGGAGAGCAACGCAUGGGGCUCUGAGCACACAGUGGACCGCCGCCUCUUCCCUGCUGAGCUCCACAUGGUCCACUGGAACUCUGAUAAGUACAGCCGGUUUGAGGAGGCGGUGAUGGAGGAGAAUGGACUGGCUGUUAUCGGGGUUUUCCUCAAGAUAGGGAAGAGACACGAGGGACUGCAGAAACUAGUAGAUGUCCUACCUGCUGUCAGACACAAGGACAGUGUUGUUGAGUUCACUAGGUUCGACCCAGCUUGCCUACUGCCCACUAACAUUGAUGAUUACUGGACGUAUGCAGGGUCACUGACCACGCCUCCUCUGACCGAAGCAGUGACCUGGAUUAUCAUGAAGCAGCACAUCGAAGUCAGCCAUGACCAGCUGGCUGUGUUUCGGAGCCUCCUCUUCACCUCGGCAGAGGAGGAGGUGCAGAAGAGCAUGGUCAACAACUUCCGUGUGCAGCAGUCGCUGCAGGGCCGUACUGUGCGUUCUUCGUUUACCCCCUUCCUGAAGGAGGAGCAACCGGCAAAGGGUCCACACACAGGCCACUGACCUUUACUCAGAGACUAACAUGGACCCUUCAAACUAAAAUAAUGCAAUACCAUGGGAAGCACAUUUUUGGCUAACAAGUCUUACAUUUGACUCUACAGAAGUCAUACUGCUGGCGUCUUUCCAAACGCUUAUGCAUUCAGAAAGCACUUAAGUGCCAGGGAUUUUAUCAUUCCAAUGUCACCAUCUAAAAGCUGUUUUGUUGACCAUCCUUGGCACUAGACCGCUGUCUCACUGUCUGCUGUCCUGUCAAUAAGUGAAAGGCAUCAUCAACACAGGGCUGGUGUAUUGCUGUAGUCUAUGCUAACAGAUUUUUUUAAACCCCUGUCUCUUAGGUGAAUAUUUUUUUUCUAGAUGCUCUGAAUGUUUAAGUUUUUUUAUUCAGUCCUUAACAGUCCCACUUGAAAUGCUUCCAGAAACCAAUGAGGGAUUAUGCUGAAAUACAGGUAACUGUCAAAAUAAAGGAAAACACCAACAUGUAUUGUCUUUAAGAGGGUGUUGGGCCACCACAGCUUUAAUGUACAAGUGUCUGGAAGUCUUGGGGGGAUGCGACACCAUUCUUCCAUGAGAAAUUCCAGAAUUUUUUUCUUUUCCUCCAGGAUCUCCCAUAAGUGUUUAAUUGAGUUGAGAUCUGGUUACUGAGAUGGCUAUGGCAUAUGGCUUACAUCGUUUUUAUGCUCAAAACAUUCAGUGACCACUCGUGCCCUGUGGAUGGGGUUAUUGUCAUCCUAUGGGGGCGUAGCCAAAAUAAUACAUCACCCUAAGUAAGCAUGAUGGGCUGUUACCUGCUUAAUUAUCUCAGGAAGUGCACCCGUGGAAGCAUCUGCUUUCAAUAUACUUUGUUUCCCUCAUUUACUCAAGUGUUUCCAUUAUUUUGUCAGUUACCUGCACUUUUAUACUAUCACCGAUUUAAUAAUCUCAAGCAUAAGAAUAUCACCCUUUUGUAUGAGUAGUACUCUUGCAGUAAUUGUUCUCCUUCCUUGACAAAGUAUUUGAGGUGAAGGGGCUCCAUAUAUGGAUGUGGGGUUUAGUUUGAAGGUUUUAAGCUCUGAACUUGUUUACUGCACACAGCCGAAGAGAUUUGGUUCAUUGUAUUUGGGCCUAGCUAAGGCUCCAAACUGCACAAAUGAGUGUUGCUCAUUGCUUUGAAAGAUGUUUUAGAUGCAUUUGUGAUUGAUUUUAUUACAUAGUCUAUUGAGUGGACUAGAAUGUACAUCUCACUAUCUGUAACUUAGAGGUAAAAAUCAUAUGUGUAGGAUCGACAUCUUUUAUAAGGCCUUAUAAGCACAGGGACAUUUGUUACAACUAAUAUGCUGAACUAUUUUGUUGAUAUAGCAAACAUCUGUAUUUUAGCAUGGGUGUCUAAGCAUAUUUCCUCUUGUAAUCAAAUUGUUCUGUUCUACUAAGCAGGAAUCUACCAUAGUGCCUUCUAUUUCAUGCAUCAUACUGACACAUGGCGGUCACCUCUGUUCUCAUAGAUCAAUUGCUCAUGGCAGUGUGUCUAUUCUGUUGGGGCUUGCUGGUCUAACGCAUAUCGAUAAUAUUCUGCCCCUACCAAGCUUAACAGUCGGUCAAUUUGUAUGUUUGCCAGUUUCUGGUUUAGGCGCUGGGAGAGUUAAGAGAGGGUAUCACAUCAUGCAUCAUUAACCUGUUUAUCUUGUUGGUUCUGUAUUUAUUGGUGGAGGUCGGUAGGUUUUUACUUGCCUUUUUAGAAGCACACAGACAGGAAUCAUUCUCCUGAUAUUUGUAUUUCAUUUCUUGAGACUUAAGCUUUUUCUGUACUUUAUAUCUCUCUCUAUAUAUAUAACAUUUGAGAUGUUAAAGUUCCCAGCAGAACUGGACAGGGAUUACAGUAGAACCAACUACAUGCAUCAACUUUAAAACAUAACUACACUUAAUGUUAUGCUUUAAUAGCGUUCCAAAAGGUUAACUGUAAUAUAAGCACUGCUAUUCCCCAUGUUGACACAAAACCAUGAAACGUGAUACAGCAAUUGUAAUACCUUGCUGCCUAUUUUCCAUUAGCCUACUUCUAGUUGCAGUAUUCUGGGUGUGCCUUCCAGUGCUUCACUAUUUUCAUCAAAGAAAGGGAGUGAUUGAAUAAAGAGAGGGGGGGGGUCUUAAGUUUGCAGUGUUCAGAGAAUGUGAAAUGGGUGCUAAAAAGAUUGGAGGAGAAAGGGAUUGAUUGGUUUGUUCUAUAAACAGGGAAUGAAAAGGGAGCAGACAUUGAGGCAACAUUGGUAUUGUUUGUUCUAUAAAGCAUUACGUGAGUGAAUGGUUGUCUUUGUGAUCAUUCGAUAACAAUGUUCCUGUAUAAACUGUCCCUUUUGGGGCCUCUCCCUUGAAAGAGCCACCUGGCCCUCUCCCCACUAGGUCAAUUGCAGAGAAGAAGUAGCUUGACACUAACCUGUUUUGAAAACUGUACAGCACUGUCCAAACACAGGAACCGUAAGACUCUUGCCCUCUAUACCCAAAUGACACUUGCCUGUUUCACUGCGUUCCCUAUGAAAUUAAAGAUGGCAUUUUGUUACACCAGAGUUUAGGGGAACAAUGUUGGGGUACAGGGAAGAUUUGAA